CCAUUGUUUCCUCUUUCUCUCUCCGUCUGAUCAAUCCCCCACAUUCCUUCAGUCCAAUCACCGCAACAAGAAAAGGGGGAAAAAAGAGAGAUUACCUUUUAUAAUUAUGUAUUGUACCAUCUUCUCUCAAGUGGUAAAUUUUAAGAGUUUCGUUACUGGUUUUUCAUCUGUCUCUGUGUGGACUUUGGCGUGUUCCUUUGGCCUUUGUGCUUUUGAUUCUAACUUCUCUCUAGGGGUAGUGAAUGAGUGAGAAUGAGUGAGAGUUUCAUUUCAUGCUCUUUUUAUUCUGGGGUCUGCAAAAGGAAACAAGAUAAUGGGGGUGGCGGAAUCACUGGCAACUAGCAGACCAGAGCUAAAAACCAAAACCUGUAGAAGGUAGGAAUCAGGCCCGGAAGUCUCAGAUCUCAAGGAUAUUUGAAUUUCAGGCUUGAAUUAGCUUGGUUCUUUCUCUGGAAAGUUUUGUUCAUUCCUCUCAGUUCGAAUUCUUUUCCGAGCUGGUUUGAUGGUCAUUGCGCGACGUUCUUGUUUCGGCAAUCGUGGGCUUUGCUUUAUGGGCAUCUGAUUCCGAGAGUGGCUUUUUGUUCGGAUAAGGCAAUAUGCACACUUGCUCUCUGGUCAGAAUGGCUUGUCAAAUUGCUAAUUAUGAACUAGCUGCGUGAAGGAAUAAAGGGAAGGAGUUUCUGAAGCAAGAAUAUAGAGCUAUGGGAACGACUAGUUCAGUUUUCUGGCUUCUGGCUUUGCUGUUUCCGGCUUUGAUGGAGAUUUCCUCUGCCGCGCUUUCUUCUUCUGGGAUAAAUUAUGAAGUUGUCGCUCUGAUGGCCAUAAAAAAUGAAUUGCGUGAUCCACACAAUGUCCUGGAGAGUUGGGAUAUUAAUUCUGUCGAUCCUUGUAGCUGGAGGAUGAUUACUUGUACCCCAGAUGGCUCCGUCUCUGCUUUAGGAUUGCCCAGUCAGAACUUGUCAGGUAAGCUAUCUCCUGGGAUUGGCAAUCUGACUAACUUGCAAUCUGUGUUACUUCAGAACAAUGCCAUUUCUGGUUCAAUUCCUGCUGCUUUAGGAAAUCUGGUAAAGCUUCAGACACUUGAUCUUUCCAAUAAUACAUUUAGCGGUGGGAUACCUAGUUCUUUGGGGAGCCUGAAGAACCUGCAUUAUCUGCGGUUGAAUAAUAACAGCCUUUCAGGAUCCUGCCCUCAGUCUCUUGGCGACAUUGAAGGUCUAACACUUGUGGAUCUCUCUUAUAACAAUCUAAGCGGUUCGUUGCCAAGAAUAUCAGCAAGAACAUUCAAGAUUGUGGGAAACUCUUUGAUUUGUGGUCCAAAUGCUAAAAAUAACUGCUCUAAUGUUCUGCCGGAACCACUUUCCUUCCCACCAGAUUCUUUAAGAGGCCAAUCAGCAUCUGGAGCAAAGAGUCAUCAUGUUGCAGUUGCUUUUGGAGCAAGUUUUGGAGUUGCUUUUGUCAUUGUGAUUAUUGCUGUGUUUAUUGUUUGGUUGCGGUACAAACACAACAAACAGAUAUUCUUUGAUGUUAAUGAGCAAUAUGAUCCAGAGGUGCGCCUUGGCCAUUUGAGAAGAUAUACAUUCAAAGAACUUCGGGCUGCAACAGAUCAUUUCAAUUCAAAGAAUAUUCUUGGACGGGGUGGCUUUGGAAUAGUCUACAAAGGGCGCUUCAAUGAUGGUUCUGUUGUAGCAGUUAAAAGGUUGAAGGACUAUAAUGCUGGUGGUGGUGAGAUCCAAUUUCAAACAGAAGUUGAGACCAUAAGUUUGGCUGUUCACCGGAAUCUCUUGAGGCUUUGUGGGUUUUGCAGUACUGAAAACGAAAGGCUCCUUGUUUAUCCAUAUAUGCCUAAUGGCAGCGUCGCCUCCCGAUUAAAAGAUCAUAUUCAUGGUCGACCAGCCUUAGAUUGGGUGAGGAGGAAGAGAAUAGCUCUGGGUACAGCAAGAGGGUUGGUUUACUUGCAUGAGCAGUGUGACCCUAAAAUCAUUCAUCGUGAUGUAAAAGCAGCCAACAUAUUGUUGGAUGAAGACUUUGAAGCAGUUGUUGGUGAUUUCGGUCUGGCAAAGCUUCUGGAUCACAGAGACUCUCAUGUAACUACUGCUGUGCGAGGCACUGUUGGUCACAUUGCUCCAGAAUAUUUGUCUACAGGCCAGUCAUCAGAAAAGACUGAUGUGUUUGGUUUUGGGAUCUUGCUGCUCGAGCUGAUCACAGGUCAUAAGGCUUUAGAUUUUGGACGAGCAGCAAACCAGAAAGGUGUAAUGCUUGAUUGGGUUAAGAAGCUCCAUCAAGAAGGAAGAUUGAGUCAGAUGGUUGACAAAAAUUUGAGGGGAAACUUUGAUGCAGAUGAACUGGGAGAAAUGGUUCAGGUUGCUCUGUUAUGUACGCAAUUUAAUCCUCUGCACAGACCUAAGAUGUCAGAAGUUUUGAAGAUGUUGGAGGGAGAUGGCUUGGCUGAGAGGUGGGAGGAAGCUUCACAGAGUACAGAGACAAGGUUCAGGUCUUUUGAAAACCCUCCUCAACGGUACUCAGAUUAUAUAGAAGAAUCUUCACUCAUACUUGAAGCCAUGGAGCUUUCGGGCCCUAGGUAAGAACUGAGAACAACCAUCUUGGUUUUUCACUGUUGAGAAAAUGGCGUAACGCGUCAUUUGCCUGGGGAGUAUGCUGGGAUUCAUGUGUAAAAGGAAAAGGGAAAAUCAUGUAUAAUUAUUUUUCUUCUUUGUUGGAGGGCCCCAUGUGCUUGGGUCGACAAAUUUUUCCAGUCAGUGUCUGAAGAAUUGUACAUAGCUGCCGCUCAUGGCUCCUUUUUGUUAUCCUGGGGCCUAAACAAUCUCAUAUACCCAGAUAGCUUGUGAACAUAAAACUUUAUUAGUUUUGACCAAGUGAUGAGUGAUUUGGUCUAAAUUAUUAAUUUGAUUUUAAAUUAUGGUUGA